GUGGAAAUAGCAACCGGUUUGCAUCCAUAUUCUAAAUGGAAAACACCAUUCGAGCAGCUGAAACAGGUGGUUCACGAACCAGCGCCAAGAUUAUCUCCCACCUUAGGCUUCUCCGAUAACUUUCAGGAUUUUGUUGCUCAGUGCUUAACGAAAGAUUACAACGACAGGCCAAAAUAUCCUGAUCUUUUGGCUCAUAAAUUUCUAAAUGAUGCCCGCAAUGAUCGUAGAUUCUCAAUGGGAGCAUUCGUGCAACAAAUUCUUGGAAUAACGGAACGUGAGCAAGGAUCUACACUUUAUAAUUUCAGCGUUGAAACUCCGGUUUCUUCUUCCAGCGGCCAUGAUUCUCAGCAGUCAUUGACUUAG